CUAAAACAUAAUACAGUGCAAACAAACCAAACCAACCACCCACAGAUAACAGUACAUACAAACAAGCGUCGUCAGGCAGGCCGGGUCAAUAUCAAUAGGGCAGGUAGGUACAGGGGGAGCAAGCGGAGAUGGGUCGGGGUCACAGGCCAGGUUCAGCAGGUAGCAAGCAGCGUGGUACAGAGGGUCAGGCAGAGGGAUGGUCAGGAGCGAGCCGGGAUCAGAGCAGGAGAAGUCAGCAGCGGUUCAGAUCAGGCAGGGUCAGCAAAGGAACAGAAACAGGAUGCAGGACAGAUGCAGGACAGAUACAGGGCCCAGGACAAACACAACACCAAGGCAGAGUCUGCAAGUCUGGCC